UAUCGGACAUUCGCCAUAUUUCAUGGUUGCUCCGUUGGGAGUCAGAUCGUGGUAAGGGGUUUAGUGAGAGUUUUUCAGUUAAAACCAGGAGUUUUAUCGGUUUUGGGACAAUAUUUAGUUAUUAUAUGAUUUCGUCAGUGAAAGAGUUUAUAGAGAUUGAGAAAUGUCUACUGACGUGCAAACAGUUGAUACUGGACUUGACAAACAGUCCCGGCGGCGUAGCAAGGAUACGGAAAAAGCCCAUCGGCGAUCCUCCAAUUUCCAGAACAAGAAAUUCAAACAUGACCACAAAUUCCGAAAGAAGAUUGCCGCUAAUGGGAAGUUCUUUCCUCCCUACAAGAAGCGCAACAAAGACUUCAUCAUUCCACCCACCAAAUUUCUACUGGGUGGGAACAUUACUGAUCCACUGAACCUCAAUAGUCUUCAGGACGAAGAUAUAAACAGAGCAAUGAAUGCUGUGACGCCAAAAUCGUCGCCUUUGCCUACACCAAAGCACAGAAAAGGAGAGAUUGAAGUGAUAAUUCCUCCUGAUAUCACAGAUCCUUUGAACCUCAUAGCUGGGGACGAUGACGCUACUUAUGAGGCCAUGUUAAUAUCUCCCGUCAAGAAAAAUGCCAAGAAGCAGAAGAACAAGAAGAAACGGCAUAGAAAUAACCGGGCAUCGUCUGGCCCAGGUUCGGGGAAGGAGGACUCAAUCGAAGGGGCCAAGCUAGAUGAAACGGAAACUCCUCCCGCCAAAGAAGAGAGUGCUGAACUCAAGGGUGAAGCGAAUAAAGAUGUUAAAACUGAGGAUGAAACUAAAGACACAAAAGAAACGCCUCAAGGGCCACCGCCUGCAAAGCGCCACAAGUGUGAACACAACAAUAGAGCCAACCUGCGCAAGAUUGAGCUGAAGGAAAGGAAAGCCGACUUGGACAAGAUAGUGAGUCCUGUCAUUCCACAACCAGGGGCUUGGAAUGACCGUCACCGCUUUAGGCCACCUCAACGCACACCUCAGCUAGACAAGUCACAGGCCAAGGAGAUGCCUAAAUUCAAGGAAAAGGAUGCUAAGUUCCAGUUUGGCAACUAUUGCAGGUAUUACGGCUAUCGGAAUCCUCAUCAUGGGCCGGACACGAGGCUCAGAUUGUUUGAGAAGCACAAACACUUGUUUGAAGGAAAGGAUGUUUUGGACAUUGGUUGCAACACGGGCCACCUGACAUUGGCAGUGGCGCGAGACUUGCGUCCUAACCGCGUGGUCGGCAUGGACAUCGACCGCUCACUCAUUAAGGCCGCACGGUCCAACAUCAGGCAUUACGUUAACUGCGGCAGGGAGGAUAAGUUCUUCCCUGUUUCAAUGCCGAUUGUGUAUGGUCCGAUUGAAAUACCCGGUGUGAAUGAAGAGAAAGGCUUUCCUCACAAUAUUACCUUUGUUCACGGUAAUUAUGUGCUGGAGUCUGACGUACUGGUAUCACUAGAACAGCCUCAGUUUGAUGUGAUCCUGUGUCUGAGCAUCACCAAGUGGAUCCAGCUCAACUGGGGUGACGCGGGGCUCAAGCGAGCAUUCAAGCGCAUGUUCGCCCAGCUACGCCCUGGAGGCGUACUCAUACUGGAGGCGCAGACCUGGAGCUCGUAUAAACGCAAACGCAACCUCACACCGGAAACAUGGAAGAAUUACCAUGCCAUGGAGUUGUUUCCCCACCACUUCAGCCAGUACCUGUUGACGGAGGUGGGUUUCAGCAAGUGUGAGGUGAUGGGAGCCCCGGUACAUCCAGUGAAGGGGUUCCAGCGACCAAUCCAAAUGUAUAUUAAAGAGGACCCUUCGUUUGACACCCCUCGCCCCCUUGGUAACAACACUGAGAGGUUUGAAAGCUACAGUUUCCGGCUGCCCGACAGCGUUCAUUGCUCUGAAGACCUCAGCGGAGACAGUAACUUCCCCUACGAGACCCCCAACUCAUUCAACUCGCCAGAGAGUGGGUUUUCCGAGGGAUUACACCCGAGGAGGUAUCCCAUGAGGUUUCCUAUGUUCGAUAUCAUGGUGGGUGGAGGAGGAGGAGGGGAAGGACCGAGUACCUCAGAGGAAAACACUGCGUUGUCAGCUGAUUCUAGCAGCCAGGAGAAUGUCACCUGUCAGGAAGAUGACCAACAACAAGAAUUAAGUGAACAGAAUGAACAGAAAGAGACAAUUCCAAAGGAUGAAGUUGUACAGGAAGAGAUAAGUGAAAGUGAUAUGGUCGUUGAACAGGAAAAGAUAAAUGAACAUGAUGAACAGAAAGAGACAAUUCCAAAGGAUGAAGUUGUACAGGAAGAGAUAAGUGAAAGUGAUAUGGUUGUUAAACAGGAAAAGACAAAUGAAGAGGAUGAACAGAAAUAUACUAUUCCAAAGGAUGAAGUUGUACAGGAAGAGAUAAGUGAAAGUGAUAUGGUUGUUAAACAGGAAAAGACAAAUGAAGAGGAUGAGCAGAAAGAUACUAUUCCAAAGGAUGAAGUUGUACAGGAAGAGAUAGGUGAAAGUGAUAUGGUUGUUAAACAGGAAAAGACAAAUGAAGAGGAUGAACAGAAAUAUACUAUUCCAAAGGAUGAAGUUGUACAGGAAGAGAUAAGUGAAAGUGAUAUGGUUGUUAAACAGGAAAAGACAAAUGAACAGGAUGAACAGAAAGAUACUAUUCCAAAGGAUGAAGUUUUACAGGAAGAGAUAAGUGAAAGUGAUAUGGUUGUUAAACAGGAAAAGACAAAUGAACAGGAUGAACAUAAAGUGACAAUUCCGAAGAAUGUAGUUGAACAAGAAGAGAUAAGUGAAGAGUGUGGUGUUGAUGAAAAAGUGAAGGAAAGUAAAAAAGAUCUGGUAGGUGAACAGGAUGAAAUAAGAGAACAGGAAAGUGGAGAUAAACAAGUUGAGAUGAAUGAACAUAAUACAGAGGAGAUGAAUUUAGGGAAUGAACAAGAAAAUGUAUCCGAAGCAAUUAAGCAAAAGACAAUGGACGGAUGCCAAGUGGAUGUCAGUGGGCCGUGAUUUUUGAGGAAACAAGUGAACAAGAACGAUGUGAAAAUGAGAGGGUUAGUUCUAAAACCAAAGAAAAUAGUAACCAAACUACCAAAAAAGGUGACAGAGAUAUUGAUUUAGUCAUCGGAGAAGUUGUUGAUAAUCAGUAAUCUGAAGGGAAACAGAAAAAGAAAGGCUAAAUAAUUAUUUCAGCCUUGUGGAGAGAGUACCUAUGAUAAAUAGGGGAACUGUUUUAAGUGAUAUUUUGUUAAAGCAAAUAAUUUUGAGUUUUCUUUAGUUUCCUUGGAGUAUUUUUCAGACUCAGCAAAGACCUUUAAACCCUAACCUGUUAUAUAUGUAUAUGAUGAACAUUGUUUUCUUUUCAAAGGAAGUAUAUAUGCUUUUUUCAUUGCCCUGUAAAUAGUGAAAAAUAUUGUAUAAAAAAUAUACAUUUCACAUGUAAAUAAAUAUUGUUUUGUUAUAUCUUGUUAUCUAUGCAGUUAGUUAAAGAUGUAUUUAAUUAGUUUUUUAGGUAAACAAAUUAAAAAACUAAACAUUUAAGUAAAAAUUAAAAUCAACUUUGUUUUUAAGAAAAAAGUUCUGUUGAAUGAUUUUGUCAACAAAUUGUAGCAAAAAGCAACUGUCGGUAUUUAAAAUAACAACGACUCAGUAUUUUACUUCCAUUCUAGUAACAGUCACUAAACGUUUUAUUUUAUUUUAAUUAUUUAUUGUUAAAAAUUUUACAAAGGUUACAAAAACAGGAUAGUUUUACUUAUUUGCCUGAAUUCUUUAAUUACUUAGGUACAUACUUAACAGAACUGCACAUCAUAAUAAGUUAGUUUUAGCCUUUUUUAAUACACUUAACAGCCUACUGGUUGCACAUUUUUUCAUCAUACUGUCCGGAAAGCAGCCGUUUUUAGUUAUCUUAAUCGUCCGCAAAUUCAUAGUUUUCGGGUAACUUCAAAUAGAGAACAGAAAAAAAACAUAUGGUAAUUUUUUUGUUUCGCUAACCUCAAAUUAUAUCAGUGCAUUAUGAAAACACUGUUAAUCACACAAUAUUUAAAGUUAUGUUUGCAAAAAACAGAAAUUUAAACAUUUAUGACGACUUUGUUUAACCUCAAAUUAUGUGAGUCUAAUUUUGUAACCAUUAGAAGGUUACACACUAUGAUGAAAAUAGUUGUUCAUCACACGCAGCAAAAGUGUCUUUUUGGUACUUCAUUGUAUUUUCAAGCUUGGCGGAAAAAGAGCCACUUUCGCUCCUAGUGAUGAAAACUACUAUUUAUGACAGUUAUUAUUGUACUAUGUCUCAAUUUACACAAACCUUUCGCCUAAAAAAAUUUAUUGAGUUGAUAUUUUCCGUAUUAAAUUUCCAAAAAAUAGCACCCUUAUGGUAGUUACUAUAGUAUGCCUACAUACAACAAAGUUACCAUUUCCAUUUUUAUAAAUUAUUUGUAAAAAUUGAUUAUUAUGAUGAGUUGCAAAGAGAAAAACAUAAUUUGUAAAGCUUAUAUUUAACUAAAAUAUAAUAAUUGUGUCAUACCAUAGAGAAGUAAGAUACAGAGGAUACAAGCUUAUGGGACAAUCUUGCGCCUAUAGCUCUGGUAUGUUGAGGCGGAAAUGUACUAGUAUUGAGCAAGGAAGAGCCCGAUCAGCAAUGGUCACAAAGCAUAUGUGUACAGCAGUUUAGCGCACAGGGUCUUCCUACUGCGCGAGUGCUGUAGUACCUGAUGGCGAGGGGGGAAAUGGGAGCAGUAAGGAACAAUGAAUAGAAUUUGCUCUAGACAUCGACUGGUGGUAGACCACUUGAAGUGUACCAUUGAAUGUUUCCUCUGUUUAUUACUUCUCUGUGGUUAUACAAAAUUAAAUUAAGGGUGCAUAAGGUUUGUAUCUGUAUCUUAACAAAAUUAAAAAAUAGUUUUUUUUAAUUUCUUACAAAAUAAAAAUAUAGAGCCUAAUAUAAUAAUAAAGAUUAGAUGAAGAAUUUGUCUCUAAGCGUUCUUAACUUACCGUACCUUUUAAUUUUUUUCACCCCUACAAAAAUUCUAUUACUUUAAUCAUGGUUUUGAUACUCAGAACUAGAAAGUUUGUUAUACAGUAGUAGUUUAUGCAACGACUACGUAAAGAUAGUGUUAAUGACACAAGUAGAAAUUUAAGGUAUGAGCCGUGGCGAUUGCCCUUAAAACUUGUGUAAAAAUAGUGUCGUUAAGACUAUUUAUGCGAGUUGCGUUCUUAUUUUACCUACGACCGUUUUUUAAUUACUAACAAUCAAUACUCGUAACUUAUAAGUGAGGUUACGUUUUCAUUUUAUAACCUCUCAUUGGCACUGACAGUGAUGCAACGACUCAUUGUACCAACCACUAAUUGCACCGAUCAAACAAUUAAACUUGUAAACAGCUGAUUAGUUAAAGUUCAAAGCAUUACAAUUUUACUUCUUUUCUCUCAAUCCUUGAACCUCAUUGGUCCGUUAUUCAUGUUGUUAAGUAAAACAAUGCUGCUAUGUAAGUAAACAAUGCUGUUAAGUGAAUCUUUUCAAUUCUAAGAACUGACCUGAAACGGCUAGUUUAAAAAACGGCCGAAGGUAAAAAAUAUACACUAAGUUUUUUUAACUAAUAUACAAUUUAAUUUAGAAAAUUGGAAUGGAUAAAUAGUAUACCAGUAAUAAAAUGCAAUAAUUAAUUUAUGAAUACAGAAUGUUUUUAAGUUUUGCGGUCCUAGUUUGUAUAUCUAUGUCAGUUACAAUAAUGUCACAUUUCCUAAAUCAACUGCUUUACAACUGAGAUGUUAUUACUGUACAUCUUGUCAGGUUAGCAAUUUUGCCAAACUUUUAAGACACCGAAUGGAAAUGAUUUCACACAUUCAUGAACAGAGUAUUUAACAGAAUCAAAUAUAUGUAUGAAGAAUUUAAAACUUGCACUUGUUAUAACUGUUUUGUCACUAAUCUGUGACUUGGUUCAGUUUUACGAACAAGAAAUAUGUACUUUUAAAUCAAAAAAGUAAAAAAUUAAACAUAAGAAAAACUAUUUAUUGUUUUUUAUUUAUUUUGUAAACAAAAUAUCCCUUUUACAAUAUUUAUUUUGUGUUGAAUACAAUACGAUUCCACAUUCAUUUGGUUUUACUGAAUACAUUUGUUUAGGAUCAGAUUUCAGAAUAUAUAUUUUACGUUAGCUCAGAAGUGAUGCAUUGUUGUUAAUUAAUGUAAUUUUGUUAUCGGACAAAGGUUUUCUGAUCAAUUAAGUUAGAACUUCUGUAUUGGCUCAAUUUUGCUAGACAAUGAUUCUUCAGGUUACGAGGCCAAUUUGCUUUGGACUCUUUCCACUGCCUCUUACUGAUAAGAAAUUUAUUGUAAAGUGUUAUAUACUAUGUUAUAAUGUAGUAACCGAAGUAUUCAGCCAUUACAUUUAUUUUACAAUUUUAAUUUGUACAAACACAGGGUAUCCUCUCAACUUUGAAAACUCUAUAACGAUGAACCAGAAGGGGGGGUUAUACCGGUAGAAUCAAGGAACUAUUGAUUCUUGAUACUUUGUAAUUUUGGGUUAAAACUGAUUCCAGAAUCGAGAAUCUCGUCAACGAUAACGGCGAUCUUCCGCCAUUUUGUUCUGUGUAUUAUUUAAUAAUUUUCUUAGUUUGUUUUCAACUGCUUUGUUUUCUUAUGGUUAGAAUCUUUACUUUUUCUAUAAUCGCAACAGAACAGAAUGCAGAAUAGAUGCAGGGGCAUCGUCGUACUGCUUUCAUUUGGCUCCUUGUUAAAAAAGAAAGCCAGUUAUGACACUAUUCCCAUUAACCUUAACCAAUUAAUUUGGUUUUCAUUCCAGAGUGGAAACCCUGAAAUAUCGAGUAUUACAAUAGUUAACUUAUAUUCAUUAUUUCACUGCGAUAAUCGUGAAUGUUGUGUUUCAAAUAUUCAAAAGCAAUAUUGUUUCAUUAUUGUUACAUCUACACUAUGCUACAACUUUGUUAUGUAAAUAAAGACGAUUCAAUGUGGUUGUCAAUUUAAAUAUGAUUUUGGUUUUUGUUUAUUUCUGUUGUUUUGUACAAUAUUGUUAUGUAAGUAGUCAACUAAUGAGUCACUGUUUAGUUGUGAGCAGCACUUCUUACUUCAAGCCUUCACACUAGCAACUUCAGCACAAUCUUUGUACAAAUGUACUACUCUGUAAUAUACAACUAUUGCCACAAA